AUAAAUGAUUUAGUAUUUAAUUAUGUUUUUCAGACAACAUAAAAUAGAAGAUGCGGUUAUUGUGCAUGUCACUGAACAAAAAGAAGAAAUCAAACAUGAAAAAGAACCUGGAAAAAUCUUACAGCAUUCAAAACCAUGUGUCAAGAGGGGACGUAUAUAUUAUGCUAAGUUCAUUAACACAAAUGCAAGAACAUGCAAUGAGCCAGUUCCCUACAUAGAUCCCAGAAGAGGGCCAGAAAAGCAGGGUGACUGGUGGUCACAUGGUAAAGUACUGGAACAUUCCUUUCAACCACCUUACGACACCAAGAGCACGCAGAGGAGUGACUUCCAAAAACCAGCAUGCCCGUUGGUGUUGCCAGGGAAACACAGCAGGAUGCAAAGGGCUUCUUCUGGAAUAGUUCCACUUGCCUCUCCUGAUGCAUCAGCAGAACUUCAAAGCAAUUUUAUAGAACGCAUCUCUUUUAUACAUCAAUAUGAUGCCAGGAAAACUCCCAGCGAGCCCCUCCGGGGCAAGCGACAUGGAGCGUUUGUGCAGAUGGAGAUAAAACCGGGGAGUAGGCCCAUAGUUCCUAAGGGAACAGGGGUAUUACUGAAAGCUCCUGGGUCAUGCUCAUCAGAACAGUCCAGAAAAACAGCGAAAGGAAACUCAGCGGAAAGCAGGAUGAUCUCACUGGGUCUCUGCCGACAAAAUUCCCAAGAGCCCUUAGAGACUAAAGCUCACUUAUCAGGAACAGACACCAGAGAGGCAGCUCAGGCAUGCCCCAGAAGUCCAGAGAGAAAGGGGGGCUCGGGCAUCUUUCAAAAAACUGCAGAGGAUCUCCCUCUCAAUGGGCAGGAGCCUUUAAACCCACCAGUAAAAAAUCAGGAUAAAUCACCUUCUUCAGAUAAAAACACAGUCCUUGGAACGUAG